CGCGUCGUGGCAACGCGGCGGUGGGAACGAGCGGCGGGGCGAGAUGUUGGUGUUAGUGUUGGGGGACCUGCACAUCCCACACCGGUGCCGGGGGCUGCCGGGGAAGUUCAAGAAGCUGCUGGUUCCGGGCAAGAUUCAGCACAUCUUGUGCACAGGAAACCUCUGCAGCCAGGAGAGCUACGACUACCUGAGGACUCUGGCUGGGGAUAUCCAUGUUGUUAGGGGGGACUCUGAGAGCCUGAAUUAUCCUGAAGAGAAGGUUGUAACUGUUGGGCAGUUCAAAAUUGGGCUGAUUCAUGGCCAUCAAGUUAUUCCCUGGGGUGAUGUGGCCAGCCUGGCACUGCUGCAGAGGCAGCUGGACGUGGACAUUCUCAUCUCAGGACACACACACAGAUUUGAAGCAUUUGAGCACGAAAAUAAAUUCUACAUCAACCCAGGAUCAGCUACAGGAGCCUACAGUGCUUUGGAAAUGAACAUCAUCCCUUCGUUUGUCCUGAUGGAUAUCCAGGCUUCCACAGUUGUGGCUUAUGUCUACCAGCUAAUUGAGGAUGAUGUGAAAGUAGAAAGAAUCGAGUUUAAGAAGCACUGAAUCGUGCUCCGACCUGCUGGUUGCCUUCCUGCCGCCUCCUCGUCCUCCUCCCCGGGGCGGUGGGCACAGGCCACGGGGGGGAGCUGCUGCAGCGGCCGGCGGGGCUGGAAAGCAGCCCCAGCGCUUGGCGGCUUGUGAAAAACCAUCAGGCUUGGUUCCCAACCAGAACUUGAAGCAGAAGAAACUGCUGCUGCUAAGAAAAAGGCCUGUAGAAAAUACCCUGUGUCUCAGGAGGAGCUGUUGUGUUCCUGGCCUAAGGGAGUCGCAGAGGGUGGUGGGGGCUUGGCUACUCUGUAGGAUGA